GGAAAAACUAAAAUAAAAAAUAAAAAUGUAAGGAGGGAAAGAGCAGCAGAAACGGAGAGAGAAGGAGGCCUAGUAAAAUAGGGAAAGGGGAAUCCAUUGAGAAAUUUGCUGGUCACCUUAGAAUACCUACGCCUCUAGGGGGGGCACCGGAGGAAAUGAAACUCUGGAAAAAAGCUGCCGGGCUUGUCAAGGACCGUAACAGCAUCUGGGCCGCCAGCAUUUCCCGCCGGACUUCUUUCCGCAACCCCGACCUAGAAUCCAUCAUCAUCAAGUCCACCAGCCACGACGAGGCUCACGUCGACUAUAAGAAUUUCCACCGCGUCUACCAAUGGGUACGCACCUCUCCUACGUACGUAAAGCCAUUAUUGUGGGCUGUCUCUUCCAGAAUGGACAAGACCAGGUCCUGGGUGGUGGCGCUCAAGGGUUUGAUGCUCAUGCACGGCGUCUUCUGCUGCAAGAUCCCCGCCGUGCAGAGGAUCGGACGGCUGCCGUUUGAUCUAUCCAACUUUACGGACGGCCACUCCAAGGCGAGCAAGACAUGGGCCUACAACGCCUUCGUGCGGGCGUAUUUUACCUAUUUGGACCACAGAUCCGCUUUCCUGCAUGAAACGGCGUCGUCGGCUGUGGCGUUUAGGAAACAGCAACAGCUGGGGAGAUUACAAGCCGGCGGUCUUGACAUUCAGUCUCCGGAGGAGGAGCCUCCGUUGAAGGAGGAGCUCGGGAAGCUUCGGAAAUGGCAGGCAUUGAUGGACAUGUUGCUACAGAUCAGGCCCAACCCCGGCACGGCAAAGGUGUAUCUGGUUUUCGAAGCCAUGAUCUGCAUUUUGACCGAGAUCUUCGACGUCUACAGCAGAAUUUGCAAGGGUAUUGCUAGAACUCUGAUGAGGAUUUACGCGGCGCCGGGCAAAGAAGAGGCGCAAAUAGCUCUCGAGGUGGUUCAGAAGGCGGCGAUUCAAGGAGAGGAGCUCGAAAUGUACCUUGAGUUCUGCAGGGAUUUGGGUGCUCUUGGCUCUUCGGAGUGCCCUAAAGUGGAGCACAUCCCGGAGGAAGAUAUUAUAGACCUAGAAAGAAUAAUACACGAAGUUAGUGAUGAUGCGGGAAAGGAAAAGAGGAAGGAGAACCAAAACAACUGCAUGGAGAUUGUGGCGAUAGAAAGCGGUGGUGAUGAUUUGUUAAUGUUUGGUGAUGAUCAUGGUCAGCAGACGACGACGAAAAAUAAGCAGAAGGUGUUCAAGACUAUAAUCACAGACAAGUGGGAGGUGUUUCCUGAUGACGAUAUGAUCAGCUGGGUGAGUACUGGUUACAAUGAUGCCAGUGCUGCAACUGCAGAUUAUAAAAACCCUUUUGCAUCCUCUUCUAAUCUGAUGCCUUAUGUUGCACCUACACAUAACCAAGCUCUUCCGGAUUUGAUUAGUUUAUAAAUUUGAUUGUGGUAUGAAUUUAAUGAAUAUUGGAUAUUGUUUCGAUCAUAGUUUCCAGGAUAUUUAUGCCACUUACAUUUCCCAA